AUGACUGAUUGGUUUAUUCGUCAGCUUUGGUAUGAUGAUAACUUCGGUUGGACUUACAUUCCGUCAAAUGGAAACAGCGGAGGAAUUCUAACGAUCUGGGACAGUAGCAGAUUUGACAAGCUGGAUGAGAGGCUUGGCUUUAAUAACAUCACUGUCUCUCUCUCGAAUAGAAUCAAUGGGUUCCAAUGGGAACUUUCUAAUGUGUAUAGCCCUUGUGAACAUGAGCGAAGGACAGAAUUCUGGCAGGAUAUGUAUGAAGUGAGGAAUUGGCGGACAGGGCCUAUUUGCAUAACUGGUGACAUGAAUGCAGUCCGUGCAAGUGAGGAAAGAAAUCGCGGUGUUGGAGAUAGUCGUAAUACAGCAAUGUUAAACAAUUUUAUCUUGGAGUUUGAGUUGAUUGACCAACCUUUGAUAGGGGGUUCAUUCACGUGGUCUAUCAAUCAGCCAUACUUUAAGUUUGACAGGGUGUGGAUUGAGCACAAGGAUUUUGCUCAGAAUGUGAAGCUGUGGUGGGAGACUUUGACUUAUUCCGGCAGUGCAAGCACACGUUUCUUUUUGAAGUUCCGAAAUUUGAAGCAUUUAAUUAAGCCUUGGAAAAAACAGGAGUACGGUCAUAUUUGUCGAGAUAAAAAUGAACUUACAACGAGAAUUCAUGAGCUCAAUAUUUUGGAGGAAACAUUUACGCUCCUUCAUAAUGAAAUGGAGGAAAGAACUUCAUGUAAGCUGAAGUUGAGAAACAUUGAAGCAGUGGAAGCUAAAAAACGGCAUUUGAGAUCGAAACAAAAUGAUUUUAGAUGGGGAGAUUCAAAUACUAGAUACUUUCAUAGUAUGGCCAGUGCAGGAAAGAAGCGAAACACAAUUGCAAAAAUUCAGUUUGCGGAUGAUACUUUGAUUUUCAUUGAUGCGACAGUGGAGGAAGUUAGACGUAUUUUCAUCAUAUUGGCUGUUUUUGAAACCAUUACGGGAUUGAAGUUGAAUCUAGACAAGAGCACCAUGAUUAGUGUGGGAGCCGGAGGAGUGAUUGAAGAUCUUUCCAGAUAA